ACUAAUCCGUAUUUCGCGGAUUCAUUUUCCACUUCAGUCUCCGUCAUGCUCAGACCUGUUCGCUUUAAUCUGCGCUCAAGCUUCAAUACACGCGCAUUCUCUGCAUCGACAGUUCACACAUACAACUCCCUUGAUGCCCUCAAAGAUGCCCACGUCGAUACCUUCCGACAGCAAUGCUUCAGUCCAGAGCAACCCGGCUUACUCCCGCGUUCUCAGUUUCGUGACCUGCCCGCCCUAAACAACUGGUUUCAAAGCUCCCCAACGACCGCGACUCGCCUGAACGACGAAUAUUUACGAACCCAUGCCUCCAACGCCUUCGUUCCCCUUGAACUAACCGAGAACACCUCGCGAGCCCCUACAGAUGGCACAGAACCAGGAGCGACCGAGGCAGUGAACUUCCGGAAGUUCCACGCGCCGCUUACUCUCUUUCUCGACUGGGUGCGCAUGGCAGAAAUAUCUCCACAACCCGCUCAACUAUAUCUCGCGCAGUGUCAACUGAUGGAUCUCCCGCCCGUACUGCGCGACGACUUUCCGACGCCGCAGAUUGUUGUGCAGGCCGGCAAGGGAGAUGUGUACGAUACAAAUGUGUGGAUUGGACAUCCGCCUACAUAUACCCCGCUCCACCGGGACCCAAAUCCCAAUUUAUUUGUGCAGCUUGCUGGGCAGAAAGUGGUGAGGCUUCUGGCCCCAGCGGAGGGACAGGUGUUGUUCGCUAGGGCGCGGAGGGAACUGGGUCAAAGUGGUGGCAAAGAUGCAGCGGCGUUUCGAGGCGAAGAGAUGAUGCAAGGCCAGGAACGAGCCUUGUUAGACGACAUGGUAUGGGGUGUGUCGGCUUCUGCUGGUCCAGAAUCCGGGCAUCGGUACGAAGUACAUCUUGAGGCUGGAGACGGUCUCUUUAUUCCCAAGGGUUGGUGGCAUAGCAUCAAGGGAAUCGGAGAAGGGGUCACUGCCUCGGUGAAUUGGUGGUUUCGAUGA